AGCAGCGUUUUUUGGUUACGGUAAAGCUAAGCUAACAGCUAGUUUGCAUCUCUCUGGCUGUUUCCUGCUCGGCUCAGCGGGGCUCCUCCUCAGUGUCUUCCCGGCGUUUUCAGUCAGUGACACACGGACGUUUACAUCAGACUUUCACCGUUUAUCCUCCAGGAAUGUCUUACCUGGAGAAGCCGGCCCCUGGCAGGCUGCUGCUGGACGACACCGUGCCGCUGUCUGCGGUGAUCGAAGCCAGCCAGAACCUGCAGUCCCACACGGAGUACAUCGUCAGGGUCCAGAGGGGCGUGUCUGCAGAGAACAGCUGGCAGGUUAUUCGGCGCUACAGUGACUUUGAUGUUCUUAACAGCAACCUGAUGGUUUGUGGCAUCAGUCUCCCUCUGCCUCCAAAGAAGUUAUUGGGAAACAUGGACAGGGAGUUCAUAGCAGAGAGGCAGAGAGGACUGCAGGCCUUUCUGGACUCCAUUACCCAGCAUCCCAUGCUUUCCUGCUCCUUGACUGUAAAGAGGUUUCUGGACCCAAACAACUAUUCUGCCAACUACACAGAGAUCGCCCUGCAGCAGGUCUCCAUGUUCUUCAGGUCGGACCCAAAGUGGGAGGUUCUAGAGCCGCUCAAAGACAACGGAUGGAGGAUCAGGAAGAAAUACUUUUUAAUCAAAAACAAAGAGCAGCCCAAAGAGCGGUAUCUGCUGAGCUGGGUGGACCUGGGUCCUGAUAAGUUCCUCUCUGACAAAGACCUGCAGUCAGCCAUGAAGCUGCUGACCAGCCUCUCGGUCCCAUACCUCUGUCCACUGCUGUUCUCCAGCACCAGCGAGUCCUCAGCUCUGCUCAUCCGGCCGUUCAGUGAGAGAGGCUCCCUGAGAGACCACAUCUGCAAGGCGAAGCCCAGAGAGAGCUACCUGAAGAAGUACUGCAACCCCAAGAAGAGUCAGGGUCUGGAACUGCAGCACAUCAAACUGUACGGCCGUCAGAUCCUCGAGGGUCUGAAGCUCCUCCACGAUGGCGGCCUGUUUUUCGGACACCUGCACGCGUCCAACGUAAUUGUGGAUGACGGUGUGUGUCGACUGAUGGAUGUGGAGAACGGCAUGCUGGGAGUUCCCUCAGCGCUGCGACCGGCCUUCAUCCAGCUCAGGAAGAUCAAUACCACAGAGAGCAUCGACGUCUUCUGCUUUGGACAUUUACUCUACGAGAUGACGUACGGCCGACCGCCGGACAGCGUCCCCGUCGAACAAUACCUCGAUGUCCCCUACACUGCUGUGGUGUCAGUGCUGCAGUCCAUUUUGUCCGCAGAGGCCUGUAAGAGCGGGAUGCCAACAGUGUCGGCGCUCAUGCAGACACCGCUGUUCAGUGACGUCCAGCUCCAACACUCAGACAAACUCCAGAUCAAGGUUCCCAGCAGGCUAAAGGAGGCGCUGAAGACGGCGAAGGAGAGUCUGGAGAGGAGGCUGCAGGAGGAGCAGAGAGUGUGCCACCAACACAGAAGGCUGACCCGAGCGAAGUCUCACCACGGCUCAGAGGAGGAGAAGAAGAGGAGGAAGAUUCUGGCGAGGAAGAAGUCACGACAGUCGGCUUUUGAAAAUGAAGAAGACGUCUCUGUCAGAAACAACAAUAACUCUGGUUCUGGAGCCAGUUCACCUCCCACAUGCCCCUCCUCGCCCACCCCCCCACCCACCACAGGAGCCCUGCCUGCUCCUCCCCCGCCUCCUCCUCCUCCUCCCCCUCCUGCACUGGACUCUCCCUCCUCUCGUCCUCCUCCUCUCUCCUCUGAUGGAGCGGGAGGAGGUCGCACCGCCUUGCUGAGCUCCAUCCAGGACUUCAGUAAGGGAAAACUGAAGAAGUCCGAGACCAUCGACCACAGCAAACCCAUUACCUGACCCCCCCCCGCCUCCACCUCCUGUCCUCCACCAGGAGACCCCCGUCACCACGACGCCGCCGACCCCCUGGUUCUGCACUGUGGUCCAUGUGGUUCAUUUUUGUUUUUAUCGCUACUCGUGCUUUUUCAGCUUUUACAUUUUAAAAUUUGUGGUGGGAGAGAGUAGAGGGGAAGUCUGUCCUUUCAGGAACUGCACAAUCAUCUGAAGGUUUGUCCACUUUGACUGCAUUCUCAUGAGGAGACACCGGGCUCCAGAUAAAAACGCUGGUAAACUGGGUGUAGUUGGGUCUUUGCUGCUGCUUCUUUUCUGCUUGUAAAAGUGGUGGGAUUUGAACAUUUUGGAACCACUAAGGAUGCUUCAUCCCGCUGAUCAUGACGUGUGUUUCAUGGGGUCGAAACUCUAAAUCAGUGCUCUGAUACGGCGGCGCUGCACUGCUUCUGUAUCUGGUCCAAACACAAGAAAGUUGGUCCAAACCUUUCCUCGUUUGCAGUCAUCUCAAAAUAUCCAAAUUCGAGUAGACUGUCUCACUGCAGGAAGUCCGUAUGGCUGCACAGCUAAAUGUAAUUCCUGUCUUUAAAUAUUUUUUAUUUUCCUAAAAUAAAUGGGGGAAAAAAACCUUUUAGUGCAAAAAUAUUCAACUUCUCUAUUUUAGAUUUUUCUAAAAAUGCAUGUUGAUAAGGGAGGUCGCUGGAUUUGAAGUGAGAAAAAAAUAUUUACAUAAAAGAUGAUUUUCAUCAGAAGCAAGUGGGAAAUGAAAGCCCAGAUGUAUACAACUCAAGUACAGACAGAAAUGACUUGAUACAAGGAUGUUUGUCUGAAAGUCAAGCUGGGAUCACACCUGGUUUUGUUUGAUCUGAAUGAGAGUGAGAGAUUUGUUUGACUUUGUUGCUUUUUGAGAUUCUUACAGUGAGAGCAUCUUUGUUAAAACCAUGACAUGGAUGCUCUGCAGUGUUUGUACUUCUAAAGAAACCCCACAUCAUUCUGUUCAGCUCUAAGAAAGAGAUCGCCAUCAUACUGUAACAUCUGCCACACGUCACGAAGAGAUGUCUGGCCGAUAACGUGGCAGAGUAUAAAGGUAGUGUGUGCCACUACUAUUGCUUGUGCAGCUGCUCCCUCCAUUGGAAAUAAUGGCUUUGCUCUACACAAUGUCAAACAUGCACUUUUUGGUGUGAAAGACAGAGAUACAGGUCAGACAUCUGCUCUGUCAGAGGAACAUGGAUCCACAGCUGUGAUUGUUUUUAGGGUCUGAAAUUAAUCUUAAAUACUUUUUCUUCACCCAGAUCACUAACAAUGUGUCAUAUUUUUAUAUUAUUUUGCCUCUUUGCAUGACAAUAAAUUCCUACUAUUUCACAUUUCUGACCCAUACUGCUGCUUGUCCGUUAACUUGACGUCACUGUUGACCUUAUCCCAAAUGAUCCAUCAUUCUGUAGAUUUCCUUCCUUCAUGCUUGAGUAAUCAAUCCAAAAUCAAAUUGCAGAGACUAGCUACUGAGAGAAAAUCCACCGUAGUCAAUAUUUACUGACGUUUAGUUUGACUUUAUCACUUCAUAGCCAUGUGGUGUUACAAAGUUGUAAUAAAAAGAAUAACCCAACUUCAAAUUGGGAUUCAAGCAGCAUCUUUGCUCAUCCUGCAGAAUUUGGAUUUGAAUUUCAUAUUAUUAACUAAUGCAACACAUUUUGAAAUAAGUAAUCAAGCUAUGGGUCAAAAUUGGGUUUGGAAAAUGUUGAUUUAGGAAAAGCCUGAUUGGUUUAUCAGUAUCGAUUUAUUUGAUUAUUAUCUAUUGAUGCAUCACCAAGGAAAGAUGUAACAGCUAUAGGUGGAUGUUACUUAUUUCUUUAUAGAAAUAACCUGAAGGAAGGAGAUCGGUCCUUGUUUUCGUUUGAUUUGAUCAUUUGACCUUCACUGUCGGUGCAAAUUGUUUUUGUUAAUCAUCUCUGCUGACAGCAUUGUAACCUUUUACCUUCAUUUGACUUUCAUUGAGGCUUAAUUUCCGACCCUUAAAGUGCUGAUUCCUGGUAUUCUAAGUCUUUUAUUGCAUCUGUUUAUAUUCUGUUGUAUUUUAUUAUGUGUUGUCACGGAGCUGAGAUUAUUUUAUCGUCACAUAUGGAUCCUUGUGCCUAUGGAAAUAUGAAUGUUUUCUUUUAAGAUAUAAGUGAUAAUAUCCUAUAUACCAGAUGAUCUGUUUGUACAAAGUUCUGUCUUCAGGUUAGGCGAUGUUCAUUCAGAUGGACGUUGAAUUUGCAUCAGUAUGUUUGUCUGCAGCACUUUAUCUACGAGGGGUGAGAGACAAGAGGUGUAUUCUUUUUAUUCUUUGAAACAAUUAAAAGCCCCAGAGCGGUCCUGGAUUACAAGUCAAAUGGUAUGAAAACCACUCUUCAAUCUCCAGUAGGUAAAUGUAUCAACUGUAUUGCCUUGUUAUCGCCUUCAAAAUCAACAAUAUCUCCUCAGCAUUACAUGCAUCUGCAAAAUAACCCUCCUCAUCAUCUAUAUUUACAUUUAAAUACAAAAUCUAGCAAGCCUGUUGUCAUGAAAACUAUUUGAAUAAAAAGUGUUUCAGUAAAAUUGAGAGUAAAUUGCGAUUUUUGCAAAUACUUGUGAUGAACUGUGUUGUUUUUAACACAACUAAAAAAUCGUUUUAAUAAACAAAGAUUAAAGUUUU